UGCUGCUCGAGUAUUUCGACGUGACAGAUCGAUGUCAAAAUUUCUUACAAUUUUCUCCUACCGCAAAACACAAUAUUCAGUGUCACGAGACGACAUUAACUACUGUUGGUUUUUCUCUAUAUAAAUUUGAUAGCAACUAAGAGAACACAAUGUCAAAUCAGUCCGAGUGCCUCACCAUCACGGAAGUGUACAAAGAGCAAGAAAUUAUGAACAACGAUAUUGCCACCAACGAGAAGGUUCGAAAAACAAAACCAGAUUUCUUCAAUUUUGAAACGGAUAUAGUGUGGUCAAUAGCUCUGCAACUCUUUGUACUACAUACUCUUGGUAUAUACAACUUAGUAACUUUCAACUAUUUGCAAAAUCCAUGGACUACAUUGUGGAUUGUUGCCAUGUAUAUCAUAUCUAAUAUCGGCGUGUCUGGUGGCGCACAUCGACUUUGGAGUCACAAAUGUUACAAGGCCAAAUUACAGCUGAAAAUUUUUUACUUGAUAUGUUUCAGCAUGUGUGCGCAGAAUACAAUAGUCAGUUGGGUUAGAAAUCAUCGGAUGCAUCAUAAGUACUGCGACACCAACGCCGAUCCUCACACUAUUACGCGAGGAUAUUUUUAUUCGCACGUCGGCUGGGUGAUGAUGGAGGAACAUCCAGAAUUCACGGAAAAAAGUAAAGUGCUCGAUUUAUCAGACGUUACGUCGGAUCCCGUUGUAGCCUUCGGCGAAAAAUACUUCAUGCCGCUUCAACUGUUCUUCGGCUUUAUCCUACCUUCGGUAAUACCCGUGUAUUUAUGGAACGAGACCUGGAGCAGAGCAAUUAUAUCACAAGUUUUCAUACGAUACAUGAUCACUUUGAACUCCGUGUGGACCAUCAACAGCAUCGCUCACAUAUGGGGCACCAGACCAUACGAUAAAACCAUUAAGCCAGCGAACAACGAUUUUGUCAAUUUCAUAACAGUGGGAGAGGGAUUUCACAACUACCAUCACGUGUUCCCGUGGGACUACAGAUCGUCCGAGACAGGAAACAAAAUGAAUUAUACCACGUUCUUUAUUGAAUUAUGUCAGAAAUUGGGAUUAGCUUACGAUUUGAAAUAUCCGUCUUUGGAUAUGAUAAAAAACACUGUGUUGAAAAAAGGCGACGGGAGUCAUCCGAUGAUGUCCGAAGUACCGCCACCGGAAUCGAAUUAAGAUAUAUCUGAAAAAAUAACGUAGAAAGUCUUGGUUAUUAUACUUAUCAGAUUAUACGUAUCAGAGGUUAGAGUUAGGUUAAAACACUGCAGGUCUUAAAAAAAUGUUGUUUGUGGUAAAAAAAAAUAUAUGUACAUGUAAAUUUGUGUACAAAUAUUGGUUUUAUUAUAU